AACCCCACGAGUCAGGCUGCCUGGAGCCAGAGGCCCCUGGGGCACUGUGCGGGGCGGCGCCACAAGCCAGGGUCCUGGCAGUUUUGUGCGAGGCAUCCUUGGGCGCCUGGGUGCUGGUCCCUGGCAGGUGUGCUGUGAGGACCCUCCUGGGAGACAGAGGGCACAGGAAGGAAGCCGGGUGGGGGUGGACCUUGUUCCUGAGAGAGGCAUCUCCCUGGGAACCUCAGGAAGGUUUUAGGGCUUUCCUUGGGCCUGCUGGUUCCCUGCGGGAGGGUGCUGCAGACGCCGGUGUGAGGAUGGUGCCUGGCACUGAUUCUGGGGACGCCGGGGAGGGGCCGCACUCCUUAUUUAGACAAACGCAGCCAUCACAGCCCUAGCCAUGCCCUCCAGCAGGCAGGCCUGGUGGCCCCCAGCCCAUCUCAGCCAGAGUGGGCAUGGGAGGGAGGGGUCCAGGGAUCCAACCACCUGUGAAGCCACCCCACCCCCAGUUACAGAGGACCCGGUACCCACAGUGGCUGUAACUCUGGACACCGUGCUUCUCAGCGGCAACUGUGCCUGGUGGGCUGGCGUUCCUGGGCCAUCUGGUUGCAUCACCACUGACACAUCUGGUGUGCUGCUUGUAGAAUGUUCUUGCUGGGUGCUGUCCUCUCUCCGUCCACCCACAACAUGUUUUAUAUAAUUAAUUAAUUCAUUAAUUUAUCUUUUUAGGGCCACCCCUGCGGCAUAUGGAGGUAACCAGGCUAGGGGUUGAAUCAGAGCUGCAGCUGCCAGCCUACACCACAGCAACGCCGGAUCCUUAACCCACUGAGUGAGGCCAGGGAUCGAACCUGCGUCCUCAUGGAUACCAGUCACAUUCAUUUCUGCUGAGCCACAAUGGGAACUCCAAACAUCCGUCUUAAAACAAUCCACCUCCUAACGCAAGUGUCAGAAUCCGCAAGACCAUCCUCAGGCUCAGUUCGCUAGGACUCACAGGACUCAGGCUGUUGUACCAGCUGAGGCUCUGUCCCCACUAAACACUGCCUCCCCCUCUCCUCGCCCCAACCCCAACCCUCUACUUUCUCUGAGAACCUGCCCCCUCCAGGGGCCUCAUACAAGUGGAAUCACACAGUAAUUGCCUUCUGUGUCUGGCUUAUUUCACUUCUGUCCUCGAAGUCCCUCCAGGUUGGCACAGGUGUCAGAGGUUCCUUCCUUUUUCAGGGCUGAGUGAUAUUCCACGGUGUGCCUGGACAACAUUUGCUUAUCCAGUCACCCAUGGAUGGACACUAGGGUUGUUCCACGCUUUGGUUAUUGUGAAUACGGUUGUUCUGAACAUGGGGGUACACAUGUCUGUGUCCUGCUUUCAGUUCUUGUGGUUACAUGCCCAGGAGUGGGAUUGCUGGAUCCUGUGGUUAUUCUGUUUGUCUUUCCAAGGCACGCUGAUAAGCGUCUCCUUUGUGCAGCAUUUUGCUCAGGUCAAGGCUGGGCCUGGAGGUCCUGGGCACUGGCUCUUGCAUAGAGUCUCCUUUCUGUCCCUGAUGGGAGGCGCAGAAGAAGAGCUAAGGAUUCCUUUGAAUGGUGCUGGCCGAGGGGAAAGGGACCUUCCUUCCCCUGGCCCCCCAGGGGCUCUGCUUAUGCCCAGCUCACCUGUGUCCAUGGUCCCUGCCACCUCACUCUGCUCCUCUGUCCGGCCCCAGGACGGCUCUGUUCUGAACACAUCCCCGCCGCCGCCGGAGGAGCCCAGCCGAGCCCCGCCGGACGACAGGAAGGACCUCCCGUGGGGGGCCCAGUUUGAGCUGCCGCCCAUGCUGCUGGACACGGACAGGGAUGGUUACACGUCAUCGAAAGCCACGCCAUCGAAAACGCCGGGAACGCAAGACUCCCUCCUCCCCCCGCCCUCCCUCCGCAUCCUGCUGACGCCUCCGGCUCGUGAGGUUGGUGUGUGCGGCGCGAACCUCAUCCAGGCCCCGUCAGAGCUGCUCUGGGCCAGGGGCGAGCACAGAGAAGCUUCUGGAAGGUGGUCUCUCCAUCAGCAGCCGUCACAACGGUGCUGACCAUGUAUUGAGGCCGCUAGUGUCACCGUGCUAGUGUCCAGGGGCGGCCGCUAGUGUCACCGUGCUAGUGUCCAGGGGCAGCCAGAUGAAAGCACUGCAGACCAGGCGGCGUAAAGCACAGACGUCCAUUCUCUGCCCACAGUGGAGCCGGGAGCCCAAGGUCAGCUGUCCCAGGGCCGUGCUCCCUCCAAAGGCUCGGGCGCGCCCCUGCGGCCUCUCCCAGUCCCCGCAGUCCCGGCUCCUUAGCUGGUGGCCACAUCGCUGCCUCCUCCCUGCAUGGCUGUUUCUCUUCUAAGGACACCCACUAUCGGAUAGAGGGCCCACCCUCAACCCAGAGGUCCCACUCGGAGGUCCCUGGGGGACACAGAUUGGGGGCCACCCAUUCUCUCCGCAGGGGCUGGGAGUGGUCGCUCCCCUCAACUAUAAGCAAGAGAUGAGACUAAGACGUUGAGGGGUCCCUGUGGGACCCUGCAGCUGGGUCCGGGUCCGGGUCCGGGGCCCGAGGGGCCUCAGGUGGCCCAGGGACCUCCGUCCACGGCUGCCUUUCCCCACAGAAGUCGAGCUCCGUGAGCGGGAAGAGUCUGGUCUCCAAGCUGCGCUCCCCGGGCGGCCAGGAGCCAGGCUACCCCGCCCCGAGGAUGGCGCAGGCCGGGCUGAGCGCCCAGGCGCUCCGGGAGAUGGCCGCGAGCACCCAGAGCAUCACCCGCAUCGCGGCCACGCGGCGCGCCAAGGCGCAGGACUGCGACGGCGGCAGCGGCCGCUCUUCCCGCCACC